AUGAGCGCGACCGCCAUCGACACCCUGCUUCGGCGGGCUUACGAUGAGGGGAUCAACCUCGUCGGCGUCAAACCCGCGGUCCUCCCUGGCCGUGGCAUCGGUCUCGUGGCUACCCGUGUCCUCGAUAAGGGGGACGAAAUCAUGACCAUUCCUCUCCGCUCUGUCCGCAGUCUGGAUACAACCCCAGAGGAAAUAUCCCGCAGCCUUUCUCAAGAUAUGACCAUCCACGGCCGCCUCGCCUCCGAGCUUGCUCUCCACCCCCAGAGUGUGGCAGAAUGGUUGAGUGUGGUGCCGCGGUGGAAGGAUUUCGAAGAGUGUAUGCCCAUCCUGUGGCCGGAAUCUCUUCAGAAGUUACUGCCACCAGAGGCCAUGUCCGUUUUGGCCAAGCAGAAGAAGAACUUUGACAUCGAUUGGAACAUGUUCAGGGCGGUAUUUACCAAAGUACAACGACGAGAUUACCUGUACGCCUGGCUUCUUGUCAACACAAGGACCUUUUAUUUCGAAACCGCCUCGAUGCUCGCCUUUCCAUGGCACGACCGAUUGGCACUGCUUCCCGUCGCCGACUUAUUCAACCACGCAGAUGCCGGCUGCUCCGUGUCCUUCUCGCCCGAAGGCUACACCAUCACGGCAGAUGGUCCGUAUCGUGCAGGAGAGGAGAUUUGCAUUUCGUACGGGCAGCAUUCGAACGACUACCUGCUGGCCGAGUACGGCUUUCUGUUGCAGGAGAACCGGUGGGAUGCGAUAUGCCUCGACCAAGUCCUUCUCCCGAGGCUCAGCGGAGAAGAGCGGUCGGAACUGGAGAGAAACGGGCAUCUGGGAGGUUUCAUGCUUCAUGCCAAGUCGAAAAAAGUCGAUAGUGUUUGGAUCGCGCUGCGGCUGCACUGCUGCGUCGACGCCCAGUGGCAGAACUACAGAGACGGGGAGGAGGACGCCGAAGGCACUCUCGCGAAGGCGGCUGCGUUGCUGGCCGACCUGCUCGAGGAAUACUUGGGCCGCGUUAAAGAGGUUCUAGCGGUCGUUCGUACUUUGCAGCAUGGCAAGGCAUGCCAAAAAGACCUACUUGUACGUCGGUGGGAGCAGGUAGAGGUCCUUGUGGGCCAGGCGGCUGUGACGUAG